CUUCCGCUUCCUGUGUAGAAACAGGUGGGGUACAAAAGGAAAGAUAAGGUCUAGAAACUUAGUAAAACUUGUGCUCAAAUUCAGUGACUUUGUACAUGCAGAGUGACCCCCUCGGGUGACUCUUAUACUUGUUAUCAAGCCUAUUCCUGGUGUCAUCAGUACCGACUACUACUACUCAGCUAACCCACCUCCCAGCAACAAUCUCACAAAGCCCUCCUCAGUCUAGCGGAAGAAAUAUGGAGAUGUCUGGUGACAUGCCGCCUGAGUUGCUGGAGAACAACGCCGAACAUGCUUAUUUCAUGAAGCAGGCGUUAAUGAUGGGAGAAAAAGCCCUUGCAACCGGUGAAACCCCGGUUGGCUGUGUUCUGGUGUAUGACAACAAGAUUGUUGGUUCUGGAAUGAAUGAUACAAACAAAUCUAUGAAUGGUACAAGACAUGCCGAGUUCAUUGCCAUCGGAGAAAUGCUCCAAACUUAUCCUAGGUCAGCACUGCGUUCAACAGACCUCUAUGUAACUGUUGAACCGUGUGUCAUGUGUGCAUCUGCUUUGAGACAAUAUCAGAUACGAAAAGUAUACUUCGGCUGUGGAAAUGACAGGUUCGGGGGAACCGGUAGCAUUCUAUCACUACAUGCCGAUCGCUCGAUAGAUCCACCAUACCCGGUGCAAGGCGGGUUGUUCCAUAAGGAAGCUAUCAUGCUGCUUCGGCGCUUCUACAUACAAGAAAAUGAGAAGGCGCCCAAGCCCCGCCCUAAAAAGCACCGUGAAUUGAAAACGGAUUUUGACCAGGAAGUCCUCAUCGCCUCCCCUACACCCUGA